AUGCAUCCCGAAAUCGAGCAAGAGCUCGCCCAUACGCUCCUUGUGGAGCUGCUAGCAUAUCAGUUUGCCUCACCCGUCCGGUGGAUCGAGACUCAAGAUGUUAUCCUCGAGAAGAAUCGAACAGAGCGGAUUGUGGAGAUUGGUCCUGCGGAUACACUCGGUGGAAUGGCAAAGAGGACUUUGGCCUCGAAAUAUGAAGCAUACGAUGCAGCUACAUCUGUACAGAGACAGGUCUUGGCCUACAACAAAGAUUUAAAAGAAAUCUACUACGAUGUCGACCCCAUCGAAGAAGAGCCUGCUCCGGCCGCCUCAUCCUCCGCUGCCCCAGCACCCUCUGGCCCAACUUCUGCGGCUGCCGCACCGGUCGCGGCCGCUCCUCCACCGGCUGCCAGCGCCGGGCCUGCUGCAGCUGUUCCUGAUGCACCAGUCGGAGCUGUCGAUAUAGUACGAGCCCUGAUCGCUCAGAAGCUCAAGAAGCCUCUGGCAGAUAUCCCGCUGAACAAAGCCAUCAAAGACCUGGUCGGUGGAAAGUCUACCCUGCAAAACGAGAUUCUAGGUGACUUGGGCAAAGAAUUUGGUUCUACGCCCGAGAAGCCGGAAGAUACACCGCUUGAUGAGUUGGGUGCUUCAAUGCAGUCCACUUUCAAUGGCCAGCUGGGCAAACAGUCACAAUCAUUGAUUGCUCGGUUGGUUUCAUCCAAAAUGCCGGGUGGUUUCAACAUCACAGCUGUGAGAAAAUACCUGGAGAGCACCUUUGGCCUGGGUCCUGGCAGACAGGAUGGGACACUUUUGCUCGCGUUGACCAUGGAGCCUCCGUCUCGUCUAGGGUCCGAGUCUGAUGCCAAAGCUUAUCUCUCUGAUGUCGCCCAGAAAUACGCCUCGAUAGCAGGGGUUAGCCUGUCCUCCGCCUCGGCUGCUGGCCCAGCAGCGGGCGGUGCAGGCGCAGGUAUGAUGAUGGAUCCUGCCGCAAUCGAUGCCCUGACAAAAGACCAACGGGCGCUUUUCAAGCAACAACUCGAGCUGUUUGCCCGUUAUCUCAAAAUGGACUUACGUUCCGGUGACAAGGCAUUCCUCGGCUCUCAGGAGACCAACAAGGCUCUCCAGGCUCAGCUCGAUCUGUGGAACACCGAGCAUGGCGAAUUCUAUGCUUCCGGCAUCGAGCCUUCUUUCAGCUCAUUGAAGGCCAGAGUUUAUGAUUCCUCAUGGAAUUGGGCUCGCCAGGAUGCUCUGAGCAUGUACUAUGACAUCAUCUUCGGUCGUCUCAGGGUCGUGGACCGAGAAAUUGUCAGCCAGUGCAUUCGUAUCAUGAACCGCUCGAAUCCCACAUUGAUCGAGUACAUGCAAUACCACAUAGACAACUGCCCCACCGACCGAGGCGAGACUUACCAGUUGGCUAAAGAACUGGGCCAGCAGUUGAUCGAGAAUUGCAAGGACGUGCUCCACGAGGCACCAGUUUACAAAGAUGUGUCAGUCCCCACAGGCCCGCAGACAACGAUCGACGCUCGCGGCAACCUCGAUUAUAAGGAAGUGCCGAGGCAGAGUGCUCGCAAACUUGAGCACUAUGUUCGUGAGAUGGCUGAAGGUGGAAAGAUUACUGAGUACAGCAACCGCACGAAGGUGCAGAAUGAUCUUCGCCAGGUCUACAAGUUGAUCCGGAAGCAACAUAAGCUGUCAAAAACAGCUCAGUUGCAGUUCAACACCUUGUACAAGGACGUCAUUCGCGCCCUGGCUAUGAAUGAAUCUCAAAUUAUGCCGCAAGAAAAUGGAGACGUCAAGAAGCCUGGUCGAAACGGAUCCGUCACCCGAGCGACAGUGACUGGCACGGUCAAGCAAGGCAAAACGGAAACGAUUCCAUUCCUGCACCUCAAGAAGAAGGACCAGCAUGGCUGGGAGUAUAGUAAGAAGCUCACCGGCACCUAUCUUGAGUGCAUGGAGAACGCUGCGAGAUCUGGUCUGAGUUUCCAAGGCAAGAUGGCCCUCAUGACUGGUGCUGGCGCCGGAUCCAUCGGUGCUGAGGUUCUUCAAGGACUGAUUAGUGGUGGUGCCAAAGUUGUGGUCACUACCAGCCGCUAUUCUCGUGAGGUCACAGAGUACUACCAAUCUAUGUAUGCUCGCUAUGGCGGUCGUGGAUCUCAACUCGUGGUUGUCCCAUUCAACCAAGGUAGCAAGCAGGAUGUUGAUGCACUUAUCGACUACAUCUAUGACACCAAGAAAGGGUUGGGAUGGGAUUUAGACUUCAUCAUACCAUUUGCGGCCAUUCCGGAGAACGGUCGUGAAAUCGACAGCAUUGACUCCAAGUCAGAGCUCGCGCACCGUAUCAUGUUGACCAACCUGAUCCGCCUUCUGGGUGCUGUCAAGGCCAAGAAGUUCGAGAAUGCGUUCAACACCCGACCAGCACAAGUUAUGCUGCCGCUCUCCCCCAACCACGGUACCUUUGGCAAUGAUGGGUUGUACUCAGAGUCCAAGCUGGCCUUGGAGACUCUCUUCAACCGUUGGCACUCGGAGAGCUGGGGUGAUUACCUUACGAUCUGUGGCGCUGUCAUUGGCUGGACUCGUGGAACUGGCUUAAUGAGCGGCAACAACAUCGUCGCAGAUGGCGUGGAGAAGUACGGUGUCAGGACUUUCUCGCAGCAAGAGAUGGCUUUCAACCUGCUUGGGCUUAUGUCUCCGGCUAUCGUUGACUUGUGCCAGACCGAACCGGUCUUUGCCGAUUUGAACGGCGGCCUGCAAUUCUUGCCGGACUUGAAAGAUCUCAUGACUAAACUGCGAGCCGAAAUCAUGGAGACGAGCGCAAUCCGACAAGCUGUCACCAAAGAGACGGCCCUGGAGAACAAGGUCGUCAACGGAGAAGACAGUGAAGCUCUCUACAAGAAAGUCACCAUCGAACCAAGAGCGAACCUCAAGUUUCCUUUCCCUGAGCUACCCAGGUGGAAGGAGGACAUUGAGCCACUCAACUCGAAACUCAAAGGCAUGGUCGACCUCGACAAGGUUGUUGUGGUCACCGGCUUUGCUGAGAUCGGUCCGUGGGGUAACUCCAGAACCCGUUGGGAUAUGGAGGCUUAUGGCGAGUUCUCAUUGGAAGGCUGCGUUGAGAUGGCCUGGAUGAUGGGCUUCAUUAAGAAUCACAACGGACCUCUCAAGGGCAAAUCCUACUCCGGCUGGGUUGACGCGAAAACCAACGAGCCUGUAGAUGACAAGGACGUCAAAACCAAGUACGAGAAGCUUAUCCUCGAGCAUUCCGGCAUUCGUUUGAUUGAACCUGAACUAUUCAAUGGAUACGACCCCAAGAAGAAGCAGCUUCUACAGGAAAUCCAGAUUGAGGAAGACCUUGACCAGUUCGAAGCCUCCAAGGAGAAUGCCGAAGAGUUCAAGCGACAACAUGGCGACAAGGUCGAGGUGUUUGAGUUGGAGUCAGGAGAGUAUACCGUCCGCCUGAAGAAGGGGGCCACUCUGCUCAUUCCCAAGGCUCUCAGAUUUGAUCGUCUCGUUGCUGGUCAAAUUCCUACCGGCUGGAGCGCGAAGACUUAUGGCGUCCCUGACGACAUCAUUUCGCAAGUCGACCAGGUUACACUGUUUGUGCUUGUGUGCACAGUCGAGGCGCUGCUGUGCUCUGGUAUCACCGAUCCUUACGAGUUCUACAAGUAUGUCCACCUUUCCGAAGUGGGCAACUGCGUUGGCUCUGGUAUUGGUGGUACUACAGCUCUUCGUGGUAUGUACAAGGAUCGAUUCAUGGACAAGCCUGUUCAGAAGGACAUCUUGCAGGAAUCGUUCAUCAACACUAUGGCUGCCUGGGUUAAUAUGCUGCUUUUGUCUUCAACUGGCCCUAUCAAGACACCCGUUGGUGCUUGCGCCACCGCCGUUGAGUCCAUUGACAUCGGUUAUGAGACCAUUGUUGAAGGAAAGGCGCGUGUCUGUUUCGUCGGUGGUUUCGAUGACUUCCAAGAGGAAGGCUCCUACGAGUUCGCCAACAUGAAAGCCACUAGUAACGCUGAGGACGAAUUCGCCCACGGCCGUACGCCUAGGGAGAUGUCUCGGCCCACCACCACAACCCGAAACGGCUUCAUGGAGUCCCAGGGUUGCGGUAUGCAAGUUAUCAUGUCCGCCCGGUUGGCCCUGGAUAUGGGAACCCCCAUCUAUGGUAUCUUGGGUCUGACCACCACCGCCACCGACAAGAUUGGCCGCUCCGUCCCUGCUCCUGGCCAAGGUGUGUUGACCACUGCUCGAGAGAACCCUGGCAAGUAUCCGUCGCCUCUGCUCGACAUCAAUUACCGAAAGAGGCAGCUGGAUCUUCGAAGACGAGCCAUCAAGAACUGGCAAGAGUCGGAACUCUUGUACCUCCACGAAGAGGUGGCCGCUAUGAAGAGUCAGACCGGCUUCGGCUUUGAUGAAACCGAAUACAUGGAAGAGCGUGCCGCACAUAUCGAACGUGAGGCCAUCCGACAAGAGAAGGAAGCCCAAUAUAGCUUGGGCAAUGCAUUCUGGAAACAAGAUCCUACCAUUGCUCCUUUGCGCGGGGCCCUUGCCACCUGGGGUCUUACAAUUGAUGACCUCGAUGUUGCAUCCUUCCACGGUACCUCUACGGUUGCAAAUGACAAGAACGAGUCCGAUGUCAUCUGCCAACAGAUGAAGCACCUGGGCCGUAAGAAGGGCAAUGCCCUGCUCGGUAUCUUCCAGAAGUACUUGACCGGUCACCCCAAGGGUGCUGCUGGAGCCUGGAUGUUCAAUGGCUGCCUGCAAGUCUUGAACAGUGGCCUUGUCCCGGGGAACCGAAAUGCCGACAAUGUCGAUCAAGUCAUGGAGAAGUUUGAUUACAUUGUCUAUCCGAAUCGGACUUUGCAAACUGACGGCAUCAAGGCCUUCUCCGUCACCUCGUUCGGUUUCGGCCAGAAGGGUGCUCAGGCAAUUGGCAUUCACCCCAAAUAUCUCUAUGCCGCCUUGGAACAAGGCGAGUUUGAGCGGUACAAGGCGAAGGUGGAAGCCCGACAGAAGCGGGCCUACAGAUACUUCCACAACGGCAUGAUCAACAACUCCUUGUUUGUGGCCAAGUCCAAGGCACCUUAUCCAGACGAGUUGAUGCAGAAGGUGUUCCUCAACCCCGAACAACGGGUUACCGCCGACAAGAAGACCGGCGAAUUUGUCUUCCCGGCUACACCGGCGAAGAGUCCAUCUAGUCCGAAAGCCGUGGAGACAAAGACUUUGCUCGAAUCUCUGGCCAAGGCAAGCGCGGCCGAAGGAUCGAAAGUUGGAGUUGAUGUUGAGGACAUCCGAGCCAUCAACAUUGACAACGAGACCUUCCUCGAGAGAAAUUUCACCGAAAAGGAACGCGCCUACUGUGACAAAGCACCUUCUCCCCAAGCUUCUUAUGCUGGGCGAUGGAGUGCCAAGGAAGCUGUGUUCAAGUCGUUGGGAGUUUCCGGCAAAGGAGCCGGGGCUUCGCUGCGCGACAUUGAGAUCCUGAAUGACGAGAAUGGAGCCCCGAAAGUCGAGCUUCACGGAGCUGCUCUCGAAGCCGCAAAGUCUGUCCGUGUCAAGACGGUCAACGUCAGCAUCAGCCACAGUGACAGCCAAGCCGUUGCUGUCGCCGUGUCCGCCUUCCAGGAGUAG